AUUCUAUCUUGCAGGCCCUAUACAUUGGACGAGCAUAAACCCAAGAGUUAUAGUUUCAUAUUAUACGCUCGUUCUAACAAUGGCCCGUCGAAUGCAAGGGCCAUCAAGAUUUGCUCUCAGACUUUGCACGCCCUUCAUCCAUGGUCAGCGAGAUGCCCCGGACCUAGGCUCGCUUCCAGCCUCUAGAUACUUUCGGAAGACAAUCGUUCCUUCGUCCCCGGACCUGCUCUUUGAAGAGAGAGCCUGAUGACACGUAUUGUGAAAACUCAUGGACUCGAAAAGAAAGAUCACAAUCAUAGAUCAUUUGGGAUAUCGGACGUGCGGUACCUUUUGCCUAUCUUUCCAGUCAAACCCUUAUCCGUAUAGUGGAACUCGUCAUAGUGAUCAAACUUUCAACCGCAUGUGGAGUGACUGCGCAACCGUGUGUGCAUGUUAUAAGGAAUGUAGGAUUGCUGAUAGGUAUAAAGAGGCUCAUUUUUCUCUCACAGUCCAGCAAUACGUUAGUGUUCGUACAGUCUCGAAAUCUCGUAUACCCAUCGCCCUUGCCUGUUCCCCCACAGACAAUGAAUAGUAGCCGCUACGGCAAGCUUACCUUCGCAUUGACAAUCGAAGAUGAGAAGAAGCAAGAAGUUUUCACCUUUCUGAACACUAGCGUCAGUGAACAAGCCCUACGCUGGACGCUCUCAAAUCCGUAUCCAGACCACUACGUCGUGCUCACAGAAUACUGGCACGAAUCUAAGGAUGCGCAUGUACACCUCACGGUGGCGAUCAUGCGUGGUGUUUUCCUAGAGGACAUGUACCACGUUUAUCGCGACGGGGCGAUAAAGUUAAUCGAAGAUGGGAAGGGCAUUUAUCACAAUACUGAAGAGGGAGGCAGCGUGGAAUAUAAGGGAAAGGCGAAGGAGAAAAGAGUGUGGAGGCUGGUUGGCGGUGGCAUGCCUGUCACUUCGGAGACGUUCAAGGAAAAAAAUGCAGAUUUCAGGAAUGUCUUUGACUAAGUGAUCAUCUAACUAUUUCUACCACAUUCGCUUGUUUUAUAACAACGUUGAAGCUGAGCUCAUAGCAUUUCACCAGAU